AUGAUAGGUAAAUGUCCAGGAUGUGGAUGGAGCCCUAAAACUGGAAAAACGAGAGAUCUUAAUAAACACAUGGAUCUAACACGAAAUAGGCCAUGUCAAGCUUUAUUGCAACUAUCUCGUAAUACUCAGCCUAUACCACAAGUAACUGUACUAGAUUCCAAUGCUAGAAAAUCAGGUGAGUCUGUUAAACAAUGGGGAUUGAGAUUACGAAAAAGAAUAAAAGAAGUGAUUUAUCAAGAUUACCCUCAACCGCAAAAUUUAUUUCAAUGCAAACGUCUUUAUGAUCAAUUAUUGCAAGUUGAUCCAGAGGCAUAUGUUAAUGUCUCAGAAACACCUUUAAUGGAAGAAGAAAAACGUGAAGAGCAAGAAUUCUUUGAUGAACCUGAAAUUGAGGAAGCAAAUUUUCAGCAUGAGCCAUCUCCGAUGGUACGGCCAGAAAUCGAUCCCGAAGCUGGUCCAGGUCCUCGAACCCAAGCUCACCGUGAAGGUAAACUCACUAAAUUAGAAGAAAUGAUAACUCAACAAUCCAUGCCAUCGGACAGUAUAGAAUUGCCUAUUCACAAAGGCAAACUUCUCGAUUUAGAUGUAGAAGUACCAUGGCCAGUUCCAUUUCCAGAUAAUAAAGAACACCGCGCAAUAUGGCAAAAUGGAAUUCGGACUGCGAAGGAUAUGUUCAAGGUAGAUGGAGCCGAAUAUGCUUUCUCAACUUGGUUUGCAGAAGCGAAAGAGGUAGAGAUAGAUUUGGCCAGUAUAAUAUUAGAAUCAGAAAAUAAAGAUGAAGCUAUGGAGGAGGUGUUUUUACAAUGCGUAUGUCGGAAUUGUUCAGAAGAAGAAAUCAAUAAAACUAUAAAAAUGGCAGUAGAUGCUUAUAGAGCAUUAGAAAAUAAAGAUGAAGCUAUACAGGAGCUAUUUUUACAAUGCCUAUGUCGGAAUUAUUCAGAAGAAGAAAUCAAUGAAACUAUAAAAUUGGCAGUAAAUAAAGGAUAUAAAAACUGGUUGAUAUAUGUGAGAGAUCAAAUAGAAUCAAAAAAAUUCGAAGCUGAAAUGACUGAAAAGCGAGCGCGAGAAAUUUUAAAUGUGAUCGAUAAUGGCGAGUUCUUAAUAAGGGUAAAAUUCAUUCGAAAUGAUUCUGUAUAUGGAGAUGAAUCUCACGCAUUUAAAAUUAUUGAUAAAUAUGAGCCUAUUCGUGAAUCAAAAAAGGCAGGAAUAGACGAAAAAUUUCUAGUUAGAGAAGCCAGUGAGCAAUCUGAGGUAGGGGAGCUUGAUAGUAAUGCAGUAGUCUAUGGAUUAUAUCGAAUCCGAAAGCCAGAUGUUAAUCGAUUAAUGCCUAUGAAAGAUGGAGCACUUAACUGUGUAGCUGAACGAGUAAUAGAGCAUUUUGAUCAAGCCAAAAGAGGACAUGGACUCACAGAAACUCGUCGGCAAAAAAUAAAUAAUUGGGAGAAAAAAAUGCGCAUUCCAGGUGCUCGAGUACAAGAUGUAGCAGAGUUAGAAAAAAUUCUUAUACAACCGAUUAAAUUACUUGAUAUAACUCAUGGUACUAUAUUCAAUAGUGGAAAGUAUCGAUCGGGUAAGUAUGAAGAAAUCGGAAUAGUAGUUCAUAAUGGCCAUGCAUUUCCAAGAAACCAGCACUUCCCAAGAGAUCGAAUGGUCGAAUAUUAUAAGGGUGAUACCUGGGAAGCUAUCAAUAAUGCCCUUCAAGGUCCUCAAGCGAUCUGGCUUAUGGGAAUAGGAGAUGAAAACCAAAGAGUUUCUCAAUUUGUUUUAGAAGACGGCCAUACAUUUAGGACACGGAUAAAGCAUACAGAUAUUAUAAAAGCAUGUAAGGAAUUAUUUGAAGACGCGGUAAACUGGCAAUUUCAUGAAAAUAUAAUUAACGAAGAAAAAAAAUCGAUUCUUUUAAAGUCUCUCAAAGUAGUUGACUUAGCAGAGCAAGUAUUUGGUGCAAACCAUGCCGGAAGCCGACUUGCUAACGAAAUUAAUGAAUGGCGUCCAAUAUCUGGAAAAAUAAAUGAUGUUAUAAAACAGGCCUGUGUAGAGCAUGGGCAUGGUGGACGCUGGAAUGCACCCGAUUAUCGCGUCAAUGAUGUCGUAUGUAUCGAUAUGAAAGAAUGCUAUCCAGCAAGUAUGCGAGGUCAAGGAGAUUGCGCGCCAUGGUUCAAUCGAUUUGGGCACCCAACACAUCAUCUUGUCCGAGUAGCAGUAAAUGGAAAGUUACCGAAAGAUGAUAUCACCGGAUUUGCGCAGGUAAGAUCUUUUAAAUUUGCAACAAAUAUACAUUCAGCGAUUCCCGUCUGGUACGGAAAACAUUUUGCGUGUCGAAGUGGAGAAGGAUGUGGGAAAGAAAAAGGAUGGGUACCUAUUGUACUUCUACGAUAUCUUCUUGAGGUUGGUAUUCUAGAAAGUGUAACUAUUGGAGAGGCAAUAAUUUCUCUUACUAAACAGACCAAAGUAUGGUUACCAGAAAAUCGAGAUAUUAGUUGCGCAAUUUUAGGUAAAUUCACGCAAGGUGGUAAGAUUGACGAGAAACGUCUCACACAUAGACUUGUAAUAGAUGAAGGUGAACUCGAUUUCUUGAUUAAAGAUUGUACCGAUGCUGGAACUUUUGCAGGUAGGGAGAAAUGUCUACUCGGAUUUAUACUUACGUAUUAUGAGGGCCAUCAACCUCAGUACACGCAUUUGCGAGCCUCAAUGUUAGCAUAUGCGCAUAUCAAUUUGUUAGAGAUGCUUCGGAGAUUCGAUCCUAAUGAAGUACAAGUUGAGGUAAAGUCAGAUGAUGCAAAGCAUCGAAUCUCCGAUUCCCCAAUUUUAUGUUCACACUAUCCUUCUUGUGCAAUGUGUGCCGAUCCAGAAGAACUUCUUAUUCCAAAAUCAGAAUAUGCAAAAUGGAUUAAAGAGUUUCUAAAAAUAAAAAGGCCUCUAGUAAAAUACGAAUGCAAAAGACAUAAACCAUUUAUUUGUGGAUUUUGCUUUGGGGAAUGGUUUUAUAGACCAGACUCCUAUGCUCUUUCACAUCAACCGGAAGAACAAGAAAUCCGGGAAAUUCAACCUGGUCAAUGGCGUGACAAGGGCGAAAAAAUAUAUAGAUCAGAUGAAAAUAUUAUAUAUUGGCCAAAGGAUAGACAUUGGGGAUCGAUCAAAAAUAUUCCAGAUAGUAUUGCAUCAACAAUUUACGAUCCUAUUACAAGAUGUCGAAAAUCGUAUCUUAAUGGGGGAGGAGGAUCUGCUCAAACCUGGCAUAGCUUCUUUAGAUGGAAUGGAGUGGGAGAGUGGACACCUGAACGCAUGGGAGAGAAGAAAUUUCCACGAGUUGUUAUUUGGGAUGAGGUAAUUUGUUGCGGUGACGAUGCACAACCUCCGCCAUUCUUCGGAGAAAUGCCACAUAAUUGGUUAGAAGAGCAUGCUGAUUAUUACGAAGAAGUUCUAACCGAUUAUCGUGCAAAAUGUCCUAAGUUACGUAAACUUAAAAAAGCUAUGCGUCGCAAAAAUAAUCAAAUACAAUCAAAAUUAUUUCGAGGAAUUCUCCCGACUAUAGAAAAAUGGGAAUGUCUCGAAAAGGAAUGGACUCCCUCAGAUCGCAUAUUAUCAGCACAUCGCCUAUCUCGAAGAAUUGCGUCGCAAAAAUGCCUUGAACUCCAUCGUAUUAAGUAUCCAGAUACACCAGUUCCAUUAAUAUAUAGGCCGAGAGAUGGGCGUAAACAAAACUGCCUUAUCCAAAUUCCCGGUUCAUCCGAGAAACAAGAACUA